UCGGCACUCUUGACUCUCUUCCGCAGCAGAGUUGGGAAAAGUCAGAGAGAGUGCAUUUGAAACGGCAGCUCUCUGACGACUAAAUUAAAGGAAGAUGGACUUUUAAAACGAAAAUUUCCCAGUCGCUAAUGUAAUCUGGAAUAUUUAGGCAUCACUAGUAUGCGCGAUUCUGCAAGUUGUUUCUUCCAAUCUUAACUACUAUAAAAUUGUAUCCCUGCCCGGAUUGCUGUGCUCGCUAUCUUAAUUUAACCCUCUGUCGUUUUACAACGUGCUGGCGUCUCUUGUGAUUUCGACAAUGGAAUUUGAUUCAGUUCGAGGCGAUAUAAGCCCUGAAAGCGAUCUGAUCAGCACCGGGCCCGAAUCAGUCCUCAGACUUCACAUUCUUACCCUGCCCGAGGUCGGGACGAGAGGCUCCCCCUGCAUGCAGAGCAUAGCCUCUCCCGGACCCAUGGCACUGCUUUCUCCUGUGACUAAUCUCGCCCUAAACAUGAAUAAUCUGGCUGGUCUUGGAAGUGAAUGUGAAACACCAAAGCGGAAGAAACGCUGGCCCAUCCUGAAGAUCCCCUCAUUUGCAUCUGAUGCCUCCUCCGAUGCAGGUCUUGGCCUGGAUUCCCCCAGCUCGUUGGACUUUCAGGAUGCUGAGCAGAAGUUUGAAAGGGCCAUGCUAGAUGCAUCAAGAGUAGUAAACGAGAAAAUGCCCAUUCGCAGGAUAAAUUCAUUACCAUUGCCGUUAUCUGGUCUCAGUCCCAAUCUGAAAAAUAAAGAAUGUGAUGCGUCACGAUAUGGAGUAUGGACUCACGCACACUGCACUGCAAACAAAGAGAACGUGGCUGAGGAGAAUUUCGAGUUCAAAAAGCCUUCCAUGCCUGCAUCUCGCUGUCGUAUUCGCUCUACAAGUGGGGCCAAGGAGGCUUUCGCCUGUAGGCCAAACUCUGCUCCUGUGUUAAUGCAUUCCCCACCAUCAUCCCUUCAGUUCGACUAUCCUGAUGAGAGCAGUCCCUCCAUACGGCGACACCCCUUUCUCUCCUGUCUUCAUGACGACGAUGAUGAUGGCUUUUUGGAGGGGCUCGACGACGUGGAGAAUGACUCUGAAGUUCCCCUCGGAAUGGAUAGUCUUCUGACGGCUCCUCUGGUGGCCAAACAAAGUAUGGACAGUACUGAUUUGCCUGUGAUUCGCUGUCGUCCACGUGGGCUGUUCCGAUCGCCCUCUAUGCCCAGCCCAGUAGGGCGUGUCCCACUUAAGAGACCCGAGAGACCCCAAGAUGAAAACACUCCUGUCAGAGUGAAAAGACGACGAAGUCUGGCUGGGACCCGAGUCUCUCCUGCAGAGCAGGGGGAUGCAAUGCCACAUCAGGUCCAAAGGUCAAAGUCGUUUAAUCACUCACACAUUGAGAGACUGUUGGAUACAGAUCCCAGUAAUGUGAUUGGAGAUUUUACCAAGCCUCCAGCACUACCCACAGUAGAUGGAAAAUACCAAGAGUUGAAAUACAUUACUCCAGAGAUUGUAGUUCAAGCAAUGAAUGGGCAAUAUAGUGAUCUGGUGGAAAGGCUGUUCGUCAUUGAUUGUCGCUAUCCAUAUGAGUAUGAGGGCGGCCAUAUAAAGGGUGCCCUUAACCUCCAUCAGGAGGAUCAAAUUGAAGACUACUUUUUAAGGCAUCCUAUUCUCCCAGUAUGUCCUGGGAAGCGUGUCCUGCUGGUGUUCCACUGUGAAUUUUCAUACAAGCGUGGUCCACGCAUGUGCCGCUACAUUCGAAAGAGAGAUCGUGAUUUGAAUGAGUAUCCCAACCUCCAUUACCCUGAACUCUACAUCCUGAAGGGAGGCUACAAUGAGUUUUUCCCACUUCACGAGUCGGUGUGUGAACCCCAGGCUUAUACGCGGAUGAUUCAUAAAGACUUCAAAGAAGACCUCAGGAAGUUCCGCCUUAAAAGCUGCACCUGGGCUGGAGAACGUAGCAAGAGAGACAUGUUCAGCCAUCUCAAGUAACUUUGAGAUGCAUACACUCACAUUUCUUUAUGAUUUUACUGCUGUUAUUUGCUCAAACACUGCCCUCACACAUUAGAUGUGGCAGGACCAGAAGAGGUGUUUAUUUGCUUUUAAGAAAGUUGUUAGUUUUCUGGUCUUGGUAUUGCUUUACUGCCACAAUGUCAAGCAAGGAUAUGAGGCUUCUAUGUAUUUCAGCUGGUUAGACCUCCUCCUUUUGGUCUGGUCACAACCCGCUUAAACUGCCAUCAUCCACUACCACCCUGACGUCCUUCUGAGGACAUAUCACAGCCAUGUAUUACAUGCACACAUUUAACUACCCCACAUUUCUAAUCCCCUAUAAUUUUGGUCCUCAAUACUAGUUGUAUUCUGUCCGCUUUGUUAUAUACCAAUUAAUAUAUAUAUAUAUUUUUCUCCCUCCUUUUAAGGUGCGUGUGUGCACGCGUGCACCCACUCAUAUAACUGCUAUUACUUCAGUAUAACUUAAAUAUUAAAAUUAUUGUUAUAUAAACUCAAGUUUAUUUCCUGAGUGUAUUAUGUACAUUUCUCCUGUAACUGAUGACAAUUGUAAUAAUUUCAACUGAUGACAAUUGUAUAUAAUAAUUUAUAUACACAUCUUACGAGAUUCAACAUUUGAUUUUAAAGCAAAAAUGAUAAUGCCUUUCCAUGCCAUUUGGUGGGAUUGUUCAGAAAUUGUAUAAUUUCUUGGAGGGGAACUAUCAAAUGCCCCCCACUCCUCAAUUUCCUUUUUUUUUUUUAAAUGUUGACUUGACCAACAGCUUUAAACCAGGCAGGAGCCUGGCUUUUGCUGCUGGUCAGCAAGUGACAACGUUCACCAAAAUGUUCUAAGAUGAGAUCAUUAUUUGCCCAUUAAACCAAUUUGACAAGUUCAACCAUAACUCUGUGUGUGUAAUUUGUUACCUGAGUGUAUGUUUUAAUGUAAUGUGUAAAUGAGAGGUUGGUUUAUGUAUUCAUGAAUUAAAAGGAAGAUGGAGUUUGGGGUAAUAACUCA